CGCGGUUGCGCCAACUGGUAGAGGAUGUUGCUAGCAGCCAGUGUAGAUGCACAGCCUUUUUCACAACAAUAACAUCAACCAAAUUUGCAUCUACAUAUACCCGAUUUGAGGAUUAUACAUUCCGAACGCAAACGGAAACGUGCAUUGGACCGCGACACGCCGAAUUUCCUUCAGUAUUUUUUAGCUCCAUCUUCUGUUGACAAUGGGAGCGGAGGGGUUUGCAGAUUUACAGGGCUCCUUUUUGCAGGAGCAGAAACAAGAAUCAUGGCUGGCCAGCUAGGCCGCAGAUGGAUUUUGUAACUAGCAGCAGCAGCCUAUCGGUAUAAAAUAGUGCGUGUAUUCUUGGUGCCAGCUUAUAAGAAGCGGUGCUAAGGCGUCAGUGUUGCAACUACACGAUUAUCGUUGACUUGUUGUCUUUUUCGGGCCCAAAACACAAGCUAGUAAGUCCGCUAGCUCCACAACCUUGACUGGUUGACGUCUUAGCUUCUUUAGCCAGCUAACGAUAGCUAGCAUCGCUUGGCCAGCCAUCCGCUGGUCAAAAACGUUCGGAACGAGAGAUUCACUGCGGGAUUUGCUCUCAUAUUUGUGUGCCUGGUGGGCAUUCGUACCCCAGAUUCCUUUUUGCAACGAGCUGCUCCUGGAUGAAUGUGGGACAAAAUGGAGACCCCGACGAUUGUGUACGAUUUGGAUACCUCAGGGGGCUUAAUGGAGCAAAUCCAAACACUGCUGGCGCCCCCGAAGUCCGAGGAGGUGGAGAAGAGGAGUCGGAAGUUGGUGAGAGACGUCCGGAGGAGCGGCAGGGCCACCAACCACGACACCUGCGAUAGCUGCCGGGAGGGGGGAGACUUGCUUUGCUGUGACCACUGUCCUGCAGCCUUCCACCUCCAGUGCUGCAACCCACCUCUUAGUGAAGAAAUGCUUCCCCCAGGGGAAUGGAUGUGUCAUCGCUGCAACGUUCGAAAAAAGAAGCGAGAGCAGAAGUCAGAACAGACCAACGGCCUACCGGAGAGGUCUACCUCUAAGCGCUCUGGGUCCCCGGCGGUUGAGCUGGAGCUUAAUGCCGGCCCACUGCGGCUCGACGGUCUGCCUCCAGGAGCCGGAGCGGCGGGGCCAGGUCUACGAGUGGCCCAGGUGCGCCUCCUGGACCGCAGGACCAGCAGCAGGCCAAGCAGCCGGCCCGGGACGCCCACCUCCAACACUUCUUCCACCCCAACCCCCUCGGAGGAGCAGAAUGAUGGCGAGGAGGAGGCAGCGGAGCCUGAGGAUGAAGUUCAGGGUGCAGAGCUCGAGGGUGCUAUGCUAUCAGCUCCGACGCCACGCCUCCUCAAGAGGCCCUUUCAGCUGCUAAUAGCAGCGGCCAUGGAGAGGAACCCGACGCAGUUCCAGCUGCCCAGCGAGCUCACCUGUACCACUGCACUGCCAGGCAGCAGUAAACGGAGGAGAAAAGAGGAGCUACUAGGAAAACCAUUCAGGAGGCCUCAGCAUGAACUAGAUUCCAAUGGUCUGGUCCCUCUGCCAGUCAAAGUCUGCUUUUCAUGCAACAGGAGUUGCAGGUUGGCUCCACUGAUCCAGUGCGACUAUUGUCCCCUGCUGUUCCACAUGGACUGUCUGGACCCUCCACUCACAGCGUUACCGGCUGGAAAAUGGAUGUGUCCAAACCAUGUUGAGCACUUAGUGCUGAAUCAGAGGAGCCUGAGCCUGUCCAACCGCUGUCAGCUCUUUGACCAGUUCCAGGACAGGAUGUCCCAGCACGCCGUAAAGUUGGACUUCCUGCGAAGAGUCCAUCGGCAGAACGCACCCAACCGGCGCACCACCCACCAGCACAACAAGACGACCAUCAAGGUCCCAGAUGCCAUCAAGUCCCAGUACCAGAAUCCUCCCUCCAUGCUGCUUCCUGCAGGGGUGCGCCAGUUGGAGCUGGUUUGCAGCGGCGUUCCCGACCAUCAGCCCGCAAAGCACCUCACCACAGACGCCGAGCAGCAGGAGUGGCUUCAGGACGUCAUCGCCCUCCAGUGCAGCAUCAUGCGACACCUGUCCAUCAAGCAGAAGGCUUCAUCCACAGCGCCCCCUGUGUCAUCAGUAACGUCGCCAGCACAGUGGGUUUCUGAGCAGAAAGCAAGUACUAAAUCAUGUGUAACUCCAGAGGACGUGAAAACUCAGGCCUCUUUAGGAAGGACUUCUUCCCCUGACCCCUGCUCUAAACCCUGCAGUACACCUGGUGACCCCAAGGGGGCCUCUUUUUCAAAGGAAACCCCAGCAGAGCUGGGUGUUUGCAAAUGCAGCACGACACCGUGUCAGAACUGUAGGAAACCCAACGGACCUCUGGCAGAGGAGUGUCAGCCCCCCAAAGCCAACGGACCCGUAGACUGUAACAGUGCCUCAGACCCCUGCAGGCAGGCUGUGCUGCAGCACAGGCUAAAACACAGCACGGCCCCAGACUCGGCUCCCGCACCUGGGCUGGUAAACCACAUAGGAGCAGAAACGGUUAAAAAGGAGCCAGAGAGCACCGCAGAGGCCUGCGCUCAGAAAAACUGCCCCGCUGCCCCGACGAUAUGGCCCCACGGCGGCCAGCAGAACCACAGGAGCCAGACGGAGCUCCAGGAGGAGCGCAUGAGCAGCGACGAAAAACCCUCAAUCACCAGCCGCGCCCCCUCAGACACAGCACCUAAAGGCAACCAGGAACAUGGCUCGUCAUCACCGCCUCCAGGUUUCCCUUCAGCAGACAUAAAGGCUGGUCCUGGACUCAUGGACUCACUGCUGCCUAGCGCUCUCUCCUCCAUCGCUAACCUGUCCAGCUGCAUGAAAGAUGGAAAGGAUGAGGAUGGAGGGAUUGAACUGGACAAACUAGAUGCAGACAUGAUCAAGCUCCUCGCCUGGCAAAGGAUCCAGCAGCUAUUCCCCCCCAAAGCGCCCAGCACUCCGCCUCCCCUAGCUACCAGUGCUGCCCCUAAAACCCCUUCGCCCCGCCCCGACAGUCAGAAGAAGGUACAGGCCCGGGCCGUCUUCUACCCUCUGACAGGAAAAGGAGGAGCUGUUAGCAUGUGCUAUAGGACGUUAUACAUAGGAUCUGGUGCUGACAUGGACGUGUGCCUUACAAACUAUGGUCAUUGCAACUACAUAUCGGGGAAACACGCCUGUAUUUUCUAUGAUGAGAACACCAAGCAUUAUGAGCUGCUCAACUACAGCGAGCACGGCACCACAGUGGACAACGUCCUGUACUCGUGUGACUUCUCUGAGAAAGCCUCGCCGUCUCCACCCAGCGGCUUGGUGGCCAAAGUGCAGGGCAUCAUCCGCCGCAGUAAGAAGCGCGAGGACGACGAGGGUCCCAGCUCCGUGGUGGGCCUGUUGCCGGCUGGCGGUGUGAUGAGCAGCCAGCCCAAGGGCGGCUUGGAGCUGUCGUGCAGCUGCAAGGCGAGCAGCUCCAGCCUGAUCGGAGGCAGCGGGGCGGGCUGGGAGGGCACGGCCCUGCUCCACCACGGCAGCUACAUCAAACUGGGCUGCCUCCAGUUCGUCUUCAGCAUCACCGAGUUUGCCAGUAAGCAGCCCAAAGAAGAGCAGACGGCCAUGCCUGCCGCCAGCUGCAUUGGAGCCAGCAGCAGCAGCAGCAGCAACAGCGCAGCAAGCACCACUACCAGCACCGCCCCCACCACCACCACCACCUCCUCACCCCCCAAUACUGCCACAGUGAGCAGCCCCUCCAGCCAGGACGAGGCCGACACAGAGACUGUCCCCACCCACCAAGUGCCCAUACUGCACGCCAACUCUGUUCCAUAACCGGCACAGGAAGCCCCGCCCUCCCUCCUUUUGUUUUGCACCUUCCGAGUCACAAUGAAGGGAAAGCUGCACAGCUGGUUGGUCAACAGGGAAAAGUUUAUUUUUUCAUUUUAAUGGUUUAUAUCUUUGCAUGAACUUGAAGUAUUAUUGACAAUCUCUUCUGUUUUCGAAUGACUGACAGUAACCUUCUGUUCACUUCAGACCGAUUGAGCGACCAUUAUUUACCCACGCUCACUCUUUCUUUUGCCAGUAUAUUGGUUAUGUAUGGUGUAUCAUUAUUUUGUCAGUCGGCCCAUUUAGCACAAACCUUUUAUUUUGUAGUAUUGAAUUCCAUACAUUCUAAUUUCUUUUGCUGCUUUUGCACCACAGGUAGCUAUAUAUGUAUGAAAACAUACAUGCUUAUACACUAUGAUAUGUAUAUAUAAUGUAAAUAUAUAUAAUUCAGUGCCUCUCAAUUGGAGAAACAUUGGAUUUCAUGUAGAUUUACCAUUUUUUGGUUUUUAACUGUACAGUUCAUGGAAUUUGUGAUACUGUGUAGAGUACCAGAAGUUUUGUGAUAAAACAUGUUCUUAGUCUGUACUUUCCGCUGUAGUCCAUCUGUAAAUACCGUAUUGUUUUAGCACUCAUUUUAACAUCUUGUGCUGCUCUGUAUAUAAGCACUCUUUGUCUGUACCUGCUUGUCUGUUCAAACCUGUAAAUACAGAAAGAUUUUCUAA